GCAAGCACAGCGUAUCGACUCCAGUGCAAAGGGAGGGGCGCCCCAGGGGAGCCGGCAGCUCGCGCCGCCGCCUGACGUCAUCCACGCAGUCGCGUCACUGCUGUGCGCCACGGGUCCGGGCGUGAUGGCGGCGCUGGGCGGGGACGGGCUGCGCCUACUGUCGGUGUCGCGGCCGGAGCGGCAGCCCGAGUCAGCCGCGCUGGGCCCCGGGCUGUGCUGCUGGGUGUCCGUGUUCUCCUGCUUCAGCCUCGCCUGCUCCUAUGUGGGCAGCCUCUACGUGUGGAAGAGCGAGCUGCCCAGGGACCACCCUGCUGUCAUCAAGCGGCGCUUCACCAGUGUCCUGGUGGUCUCCAGCCUGUCCCCUCUUUGCGUGCUCCUCUGGAGGGAACUCACUGGCAUCCAGCCAGGCACAUCACUGCUCACCCUGAUGGGCUUCAGGCUGGAGGGCAUUUUCCCAGCAGCUCUGCUGCCCCUGCUGCUAACUAUGAUCCUUUUCCUGGGUCCACUGAUGCAGCUCUCUAUGGAUUGCCCGUGUGACCUGACAGAUGGGCUGAAGGUUGUCCUGGCCCCUCGUUCUUGGGCCCGCUGCCUCACAGACAUGCGCUGGCUACGGAACCAAGUUAUUGCACCCUUGACAGAGGAGCUGGUGUUCCGGGCUUGCAUGCUGCCCAUGCUAGCGCCAUGCACAGGUCUGGGCCCCGCUGUGUUCACCUGCCCACUCUUUUUUGGAGUUGCCCAUUUUCAUCACAUUAUUGAGCAGCUACGUUUCCGCCAAAGCAGUGUGGGGAGUAUCUUCUUGUCCGCGGCCUCCAUCUCCAGCCUUCCAGUUCUCCUACACUGCUGUCUUUGGUGCUUACACGGCUUUCCUCUUCAUCCGCACAGGACACCUGAUAGGGCCGGUUCUCUGCCACUCCUUCUGCAACUACAUGGGCUUCCCUGCCGUGUGUGCAGCCCUGGAGCAUCCACAGAAGUGGCCGCUGCUGGCAGGCUAUGCCCUUGGUGUGGGACUCUUCCUGCUUCUGCUUCAACCCCUGACGGACCCCAGGCUCUAUGGCAGCCUUCCCCUUUGUGUGCUUUUGGAACGAACAGGAGCCUCAGAGACCCUGCUGUGCUCCUGACCAUCACUCUUGUGCGUACUCCAGUGAACUCUUGAUGGGCUCUCCAGCCCCUCCUUAUCAAGAAAUACUACAGAGGAGGGGCUGGCUGGGGUCCCCGAGAUCUCAGGAAUUUUUGUAGGGGAUUGAAGCCAGAGCUAGUUGAACCCCAGGGACCAAGAGAAAGGAGCAGAUAUCCAAAGGGUGCAGCCUCUCCAAGAGGGGUUGAGAGCACCCGGACAUGAGGGGACAAGGACAGAGCCUACGAGUAUCCCUCUUUGGACUGCGGCUUCUCUUAGCUCUCCCCUCACCCCCUCCGAAAAGCUGCUCGGUGGGUUUAUUUAUAAAACCCCGUCUCCCAACUUCCCAGGGUUUUCUCACUGUCUUUUUGCAUCAAGACUUUGUAUUGGGAUAUUAAAGAGAUUUAACUUGGGUAA